AUCUUUCUCGGGAUUCGAGAAAACAAAGUUUCUUCCUUUUUUAUCUGACUCGACGCUUCGACUCAGCCACUCAGGUGAAGAAAAAUAGCAACGGGUUGGUAGAAGAGGAGUCUCUUUGAAUGGUUUGGUGCUUCCAUGGACAUUCACGAGCAUGGAGUUCGGGUGGGCAAGGAGAAGAGGCGGAUUCAAUGCAAACACUGCGGAAAACAAAUGUCUGGCUGGUAUCGUCUGAAACAUCACUUGAGUGGUGUAGGUGGAGAUGCAACUCCCUGCUUACAAGUCACAUCUUCUGUUAGAGAGGCGUUUCGUACUACUACUACUACUACUACUGGUUCUAAGCGUGGGAGAAGCGGAGAUUCUAAAGCUAACGAACAGGUUUGGUGCUCGUAUCCAAACUGUUUUGAUUUUUCAUCCAAUGGAUUCAGAGAAAUGAUGACGACUGUGAGUGGUCGUACCAUCCCUGAUCCUCACGGUUCGAUGUUUGGAGAAGUGUUGAAAGAAGUGGAAGAUCAUGUGGAGAAGGUUAAAGACUCGUGGGCUGUCACGGGUUGUAGUAUCUUGCUGGAUGCUUGGGUUGAUCACAAAGGCCAUGAUCUGGUUACUUUCGUCGCGGAUUCUCCAGCUGGUUCAGUUUAUCUGAAGUCCUUUGACGUUUCUGAUAUUAAACAUGAUAGCAAGGCGUUAAUCUCCCUAGUAGAUGGGCUUGUUGAUGAGGUUGGAGUCCAUAACGUUGUUCAAAUCAUUGCAUGUUCAGCUUCUGGUUGGGUUGGUGAGUUAGGCGAGGCUUAUGUGGGCAACAAGAAGGGAGUCUUCUGGUCUGUGAGUGUGUCUCACUGCUUCGAGCUUAUGCUGAUGAAGAUUGGGGAAAUAGAUUCACUUGGAGAGAUAGUUGAAGCAGUCAAUAUGAUUACAGAUUACGUCAACAGCAACCCCUUGGCUUUGAAGCUUGUUAGAGAUCAAGAUCACAGUCAUGGACUACUAGACAUGGCUGUACUCUCCUCCGAGUUUGAGUUUUUCAUGCCGUACUUAACCGUAGAGAGUAUUUUCAGAGCCAAGGACGAGUUGGCAGCCAUGUUUGCUUCUUCAUCUGAUUGGAACAAAGAAGAAGAAGACAUAGCGAUAUCCAACUUGGUUAAUGAUUCGAGUUUAUGGGAAACUGUUGAGAGAGUUCUGAAAUGCUCGUCUCCUCUGAUUCACGGUUUAAUCUGGCUCUCUAGUGCUAACAACAAUCAGCAUGUUGGACAUGUCUAUGACAAUAUGGAUGUCAUAAAGGAGAGUAUAGCGAGGGAGUUUGAUAACGACAAAGUGUGUUACAUGCCGUUAUGGGAUGUGAUUGAUGAUGUCUGGAACAAGCUUCACAGUCCUCUUCAUGCUGCUGGAUACUUCCUGAGCCCGGAUGCUUUCUACUCGACUGGUUUCCAUCUUGAUGCAGAAGUAGCCAUCGGUCUUAUCUCUUCUCUUGUUCAUAUUGUAAAAGAACUUGACGUUCAAGUUAAAGUUGCCACUCAGCUUGAUGUGUACAAAGUCCGUGAAGGCUGCUUUAAUGAGACCAGUCAAGCUGAUCAGGUUUCUGGAUUGUCUCCAGCUGAGUGGUGGGCUGAGAAGGCGAGCCAGCACCCGGAACUGCAGAGUUUCGCUAUUAAGAUUCUGAGCCAGACAUGUGAAGGCGCUUCCAGGUACAUGCUGAAGAGAAAUGUGGCAGAGAAGCUGUUGCUUACGAGGGGAAUGAGUCGUUGUGAGAAACAGCAUCUGGAAGAGUUGGCGUUUGUUCAUUACAAUCUUCAUCUACAGAGCUGCAGAGCCAAACUAAGUGAAGAGCAGUGAAGAGAUUAUGCUGCAAGGUAUGUUCAUUUAUGGGACUGGCCUGUUCAGAUUAGCCAAUGCGCAGAUAUUAGUUUGUAUUUUUCAUUGAAGUUCCAUCUUUUGAAUCAACGCUGGUGAAUAUGAAGCUAGCAGACAUGUGCAUAGUGCACUAUUGAAUUUAGUCUUUUUAUAAUAUAUCUCUCUCCUUGAAUCGAACUCGGCAUGUCAAGAGCUACACCAAUUAACUUCAAAGCGGACCAGAACUCUACUCAAGUGUUGAUAAUAGAAUGGGAGAACAUGAGAAUGCUGUUGAGGAUUCGUUGAAUAAUCACAAAAUAUGAGGUGAAAAGAUUUUCUCGCAAAGGUUUAUAAAAAUGAGUUGGUUACAACAGUCUUCAUCUACAAAGCCAGACUAAUAUGUGUAUUGAUGUUAUUAUUGGUCUCACUCACGCAAAACAAUGAUCAUAU